AUAGCUCCCGGAAGUUCUAGCCAAGCCGCCGCGCUAUGGAUCGCGCGCUCCGACUCCUCGCGCGUUCGCGUUUUCUCUCGCGGGUUCCAGGUUCCGCCCCCGGCCCUGGCCCCAGCGUGGGUGGCGCCGCAGUCCUCCUGCUCCGGCCUCCGAACGCAGUUCGAAUGGCAAGCCAAAAUUCUUUUCGGAUAGAAUAUGAUACCUUUGGUGAACUCAGGGUCCCAAAUGAUAAGUAUUAUGGUGCCCAGACUGUGAGAUCUACAAUGAACUUUAAGAUUGGAGGCGUGACAGAACGCAUGCCAAUCCCAGUUAUUAAAGCAUUUGGCAUCUUGAAGCGAGCAGCUGCUGAAGUAAACCAGGAUUAUGGUCUUGAUCCAGAGAUUGCUAAUGCAAUAAUGAAGGCUGCAGAUGAGGUAGCUGCAGGUAAAUUAAAUGAUCAUUUUCCUCUUGUGGUAUGGCAGACGGGAUCAGGAACCCAGACAAACAUGAAUGUAAAUGAAGUCAUUAGCAAUAGAGCAAUUGAAAUGCUAGGAGGUGAACUUGGCAGCAAGAAACCUGUGCAUCCCAACGAUCAUGUUAAUAAAAGCCAGAGCUCAAAUGAUACUUUUCCCACAGCAAUGCACAUUGCUGCUGCAAUAGAAGUUCAUGAAGUACUGCUACCAGGACUACAGAAGCUACAUGAUGCUCUUGAUGCAAAAUCCAAAGAGUUUGUGCACAUCAUCAAAAUUGGGCGUACUCAUACACAGGAUGCUGUUCCACUUAGUCUUGGGCAGGAAUUUAGUGGUUAUGUUCAACAAGUGAAAUAUGCAACAAUGAGAAUAAAAGCUGCCAUGCCAAGAAUUUAUGAGCUCGCGGCUGGGGGCACUGCUGUUGGUACUGGUCUAAAUACUAGAAUUGGCUUUGCAGAAAAGGUUGCUGCAAAAGUGGCUGAACUUACAGGCUUGCCUUUUGUCACAGCGCCAAAUAAAUUUGAAGCUCUAGCUGCUCAUGAUGCUUUGGUUGAACUCAGUGGAGCUAUGAACACUACGGCUUGCAGUCUGAUGAAGAUCGCAAAUGAUAUUCGUUUUCUGGGUUCUGGUCCUCGAUCAGGUCUGGGAGAACUGAUUUUGCCUGAAAAUGAACCAGGAAGCAGUAUCAUGCCAGGCAAGGUGAACCCCACCCAGUGUGAGGCAAUGACCAUGGUUGCAGCCCAAGUCAUGGGCAAUCAUGUCGCUGUUACCGUUGGAGGCAGCAAUGGACAUUUUGAGUUGAAUGUUUUCAAGCCAAUGAUGAUUAAAAAUGUGUUACACUCAGCCAGACUGUUGGGGGAUGCAUCAGUUUCCUUCACAGAAAACUGUGUGGUGGGAAUUCAGGCCAACACAGAAAGGAUCGACAAGCUAAUGAAUGAGUCUCUAAUGUUGGUGACAGCUCUUAAUCCUCAUAUAGGGUAUGACAAAGCAGCCAAGAUUGCUAAGACUGCACACAAAAAUGGAUCAACCUUAAAGGCAACUGCUAUUGAACUUGGCUAUCUCACAGCAGAGCAGUUUGAUGAGUGGGUAAAACCUAAGGAUAUGCUGGGUCCAAAGUGAUUUAAAUAAAUUUAUAAUAAAAAUGAUUGUUGUAUAAAAUAACAAGUGAAACAGACUCCUUAUAUUUCUUAGACACAAAUGGAUAAAUGUGAAAGGAAGCUGCUAUUGAACUUGACUAUGUCUAGCAGAGCAGUUUGGUCAGUGUAUAAAACUCCAGGACAUGCUAGGUCCAAAGUGAAUUUUAAAAGUGUAAAAUAGAAUAAUCAAAUGGUGUAAAAUCAAAA